AUGGAAGAUCUUUCUGUCAUGUGUGUGCACGGGUAUAAUGUAUACCUCAAACUUACAAAUAUUAUAUUUUUCUCUGGAUUUGGGGUAACAAGGUAUACACAGCUCGUUAUCGAAAAGUUUACAAAAGAGCCAGACAAUUUUGAAGCUGAGUCAACGUUAUGUUUUGUCUUCAGUAUCUUCAGACACGGUGUGAGAUCCCCUGCCUUUCCUUCUUUUCCAACUGAUCCUUACCAAAAUCGAAGUGAAUUCUUUCCAGAUGGAGAUGGAGCCCUUAGCAAGCCGGGGAAGCAGCUGAUGUACAGGGUUGGAUCAAUUAUUCGCAAACGAUACAACAGAUAUUUAAGACCCACUUAUUCCGACGAGGUACGUUUUGUAUCGACCAACAUGGAGCGCACAAUGAUGUCAGCCAUGCUCGUCUCUACUGGCAUGUUUCCUCCAAAGCAUUAUCAGAAGUGGUCUAAAAACAUCAACUGGCAGCCCAUACCUGUAUGGCUGGACAACAAUGAGACAGACAAAACAUUGCUUUGGAGCGAUUCUACAUCAUGUCCAAGAUUUGGUAAAGACUCGUCUUAUCUGGAAGCUCAAAGUAAACUUCCAGAUACGAACCCUGAACACCACUUUUACAAGUAUAUAUCUCAACAGACUGGUGAUUUAAGGAACUCAAUUUACGACAUUUUUGCCCUCUGGGAUAUAUUUGAAUGUGAGCUUCUCAGUGGUUACAAGCUGCCUGAAUGGACUAAGAAAAUAUACCCAGAUAAAAUAAGAGAUAUCACAGCUGAAACUUUUAAUCAAAUGGUAAACGGAACAUCGUCAAUGCUUAAAAUCCUUUCAGGACCAUUGUAUUACCGUGUGUACGAUCUACUCAGAUCCAAGGUGAACGAUAACCUUACUCAGGGACACAAGAUGUACCUCCACGCAGGCCAUGAUAUCUCCGUCCUAUCCCUGCUGCGAGGGAUUGGUUACAAGCCUCUGCAUAUAGUGAGGCCUGGGGACUGUGUCUUCCUGGAACUCCAUAACUUGUCAAACAUUUACUAUGUAAAGAUAUUCUACCUGUCGCUGCUGACCACGGGUGAAGAGUUCAGAGAGUUGCAUGUCCCAGGUUGCCCCCUCCCCUGCCCCCUCUCUACAUUUCUGACCCUGGCUACUACUCUGUCCCCUCCUCAGUGGGCGGCAGAGUGCAGAUCAUGAU